UCUGGUUUUUAGGUAUUUCACAUUAGUGGAGAGAGAGAGAGAGAGCCCACAGUGGUGGAGCGGGAGAGGAAACCUGUGGUUGGCGUGAAAAAGGAGAACUCCGUCGUUCAAAUAGCCUCGUUUUCCGGAUUAUCGAUUAAAAAAUUUGUAAUAAUGCCCUAUCUUCUCCAGAUUUGCUCCUUCUCAUCUCAAUCAAUGAAGCUACUCACAUGAACUACACAACUCAAUGGACUUAAGCUUCUUCUUCUCAGAUCUUCUUUUACGAUCAAAGAACCUCUCUUUCCUCCUCUGUCUCUGUUGAUUUCUUUUUGAGAAUCGAUUCAUGCGGAAGAAAGCUCCGAUUCUUUUUUGUCUUUUCUUCCAAUGUUGAGAUUUUUCUGAUGAAUUAAGAUGAUUUUAAUUGAUUUUGAUUUAUUUCUCUUUCCGUGUUUUGGUUUCAGGUUGUCAACGGAGAAGAGGAGGAUAAAUCGGAAUUCGAGAGGUUCGAUUUCCGAUAUAUUAAUUGCUGAUAACCUUCUAAGUUCCAAAACGGUGGCUAUCGUAAUCCCUUAUUUAUCGAUCAGGAAAGGUCGGCUUCUAAUUAGUGAGUUCAUCAUCGGUUGAGCAGCAUUUUGUGGAGGCGAUCAAUCAGCGCGGCGGCGGCGGCGGCGGCGGCGGAGGAGGAGGAAGAGAGAGGAGUGAGAUGGCAUCGGUUGGUGGUGGCGGAGAGGAAGUGGCGACGGUGUCGCCGAAGAGUCGCGUGAAGUUCUUGUGUAGCCACGGUGGAAAGAUAAUGCCCAGGCCUAACGAUGGCCAGCUCAAGUACGUUGGCGGCGAGACACGUGUCGUUGCCUGCCCUCGUGACAUUGGUUUCUCAGAGCUAAUGAAGAAGCUUGCUGCUAUAGCUGAAGAUGAAGUAGUACUGAAGUACCAAUUGAUACCGGAAGACAUGGAUGUCUUAGUUUCUGUAACAUGCGAUGAAGACCUCAACCACAUGCUUCACGAAUAUGAUCGCCAUGAGACACAAUUAUCCGAAGGUGGCAGUACCCCGAGGCUUCGUACCUUCUUGUUCCCUUCACACCCACCUCUACUAGCCAAAAACCAAACGACCAUCAACCAUAUGGCGAACAAUGUGCUCGAACAACGUUACAUUGAUGCACUCAACGUUAUACGUAGCCCUAGUUUUAACAUAAGAAGUAGCAUUAGUGGUAUUAACCGUCCGACAAUCUCGUCGGCGGGAUCAUCACCAAGAUCCAUUAUCCCCGAAGGAAGUACAAUUGAUGGAAUCAUACCACACAAUUACCAUAGAGUCAGUAGCUCUCCUAGUCUUAGUAGCCUCGCAAAGGAAAACCACCAUGGUCACCAAAUGCAACAACAUGCACACCCUCACUACCCUCCACCAAGGCUACAUUGCCCGUAUUCAAAUGGAUGUGGACAUGGAAGGGCUGCGCCUCCCGCGGUCUCACUUGGCCGGAGUGAUUUUGGAAGCAGAAGCCAUGGUCAUGUUCCUCCUCGGUAUUUCUCGCCGACUAGACGGCUAUCAGGCAAUUGGGGCUGCAGUUUUGGACCAAUUGACGAAGGUGGCUGCAUUUACAGGAGUGGAGAGUUUGAGAAGGAGGAGACCAAGCUACACCACUCUUCUAUGAAACAGACAUGGGAAAGUUGAGUUUCUAAUAAAGGGAUUGAGGUACACCAGUGGUUUAAGAAUAGGAGAUUUAUCAUUUUUUUUUUCUUUUUUUUUUUUAAAUACCCAAAAGGCAAAAAGCCCCUAUGCCAGACACAAGAUGGAAAAAUGACAGCCCUGCCUGUAAAACGCAGUUGUUAAUGCUUUCAUACAUACUCCAAUUAGUCCCGCGCUGCUGUUACCUAUGCUGCAUUUUGGGGGAACUCUCUCCCUUUUUUCAGUUAUAUGGUUGUUAAGGGCAUAGUUAAAGGGGUACUUAAUUUUGUAUAGCAGCAUGUCCAGAAAGUUAUAGGUAUGAUUAUUUACAUCCAUGAUUCAUUAGUUUUAACUUUUUUUUUAUAAGAACUUCUCUAUAUAGUUUAAUGUGAUUGUAUUUGUCUAUGACUUUGAAAGAGAAUUCAAACAGGGAUUAUACUUUAUAAAAAUGCAAGUUACUUGAUUUUAUUUUAA